GGAAGCAGAAGCUGCUUUGUGCACGCGCACGAACACACACACACACACACACACACACACACACACACACACACAGUAGAGGAACCGUCAUUUUCCUACGUGCCCUCUGACAUCAGCCACCUUCUCUGUAGCGACAGUUUCUCUGCACUCAAAUUAAUCCCUGGCAAUGAAAAAUGAACCUCUCCCCCACCCGUGCCGCCGCCUGUUGCCUCACGCCCCCAGAGCAGAGUUUCUCCACGAGGCAGUCGGUGAAGGUUUUUUUCCAAGUCACAUGAUCCAGGAUGCAGGGGGAGAAUCCUUCUUGGAACCGAGAUGAGCCCAGAACUGAAUCAGAUGAGGAGAGAUAAGGUGUGAUGUGGGGAAGACUAUAUAAAGAAUGGACCCCGGGCCGCGGCAAGCACUCAGCCCAGUGGCCCCUCCUCGGGACACAGCCAUGCACGUGCCGGCGGGCUCCGGGGCCAGCCACCUGGGGACCACGAACCGCCGCCACUUCUACUUCACCACAGCCAUGCUGGCUCUGUGUCUCGUCUUCGCUGUGGCAACCAUUAUGGUGCUGAUAGUUCGGAGGACGGACGCCAUUCCCAACCCACCUGACAACGUCCCCCUUAAAGGAGGAAAUUGCUCAGAGGACCUCUUAUGUAUCCUGAAAAGGGCUCCAUUCAAGAAGUCAUGGGCCUACCUCCAAGUGUCAAAGCAUCUGAACCAAACCAAGUUGUCUUGGAACAAAGAUGGCAUUAUCCACGGAGUCAGCUAUCAGGAUGGGGAUCUGGUGAUCCAGUCCCCAGGUUGGUACUUCAUCAUUUGCCAACUGCAGUUUCUCGUGCAAUGCCCAAAUCAUUCUGUCGACCUCAAGUUGGAGCUUCUCAUCAACAAUGAGGCCAAAAAACAGGCCGUGGUGACAGUGUGCGAGUCUGAAGUGCAAACCAAAAACAUAUACCAGAAUCUCUCUCAGUUCCUGCUGGAUUACCUGCAGGUCAACGCCACCAUCUCAGUCAAGGUGGAUAAAUUCCAGUAUGUGGACACAGACACCUUUCCCUUGGAGAACGUGUUGUCCAUCUUCUUAUACAGUAGUUCAGACUGAACAGUUUCUCUUGGGCUUCAGGAAGAAAACAACUCUCUAUAGUACAGUAUUUCAUCCAUCCGAACACUUGGGCAAAAAGAAAACUUUAGACCAAGCCUGAAACCGCAAAGCGUAUUAAAUAGUAUACUUCUCCUUCUGUCUCUUGGAAAGAUACAACUCCAGGGUUAAAAGGAGAGUUUUGAGCGAAGUUAUCUUUCAGAUAGAGGGCAGGGAAGCAAUGUAGUGUGGUAGACAGAGGCCCCCAGGGGACGCAGAAGUGAUGGAUGUAUGCCCCUGCCCAACCACUAAUUCACUGUAGGAUCUUAAUUCAUUUCUUCGGUUUUGAGAGCCCCCAGCUAAAUUGGGGUUCCAGUCCCAGAGCAGCUAGCAACCCUCCCCUAAUGGGAAAUUAAGAGGAGCUGGAUAGGGGUAUUCACAGUGUGCCUUUCACAGAGUACUUCUUUUAUCUGGUAGACGGCCUAAUUCCUGGCUGUCCAACCCGAGACCAGAGAGUCCCUCACACAGGAAACUUGCCUGUACUGGCAGACGCCCUUGUGGCUCUUGUCUACCCUGUGUCCAGUUUAUGCCUGCCUGACCAUCACUCUGGCACUGGGAGCCUGCCCUUAUGUCCCCCACCCCAACUCUCUGUAUCCUUGGAGAAAACCCAGCCGGGGGCAGCCACUGGUCCUUCAGAUGAAAGGCAAAAAUUCAAUACUCCACCACAAUGGAAAAAAGUUCAGAGAUUUGUUAUUUAUUGUGACCUCCUUCCCCGGGUCACAUGAGGCAGGAAUGAAGA